CUUGUUAGGUGUUUAGAGAUAAUUAGAAGAAAACUAUGAAAUCCGGUUUUAAGCAAGUUGAUGCUUUCCACCAACAUAUACCUGUAAUCUAGAACAAACUGGUGCUUCCUAUGACAGUUGAACCCAUGUCACCUCGUUUCAAAGUUUGAUUUUUUCGGAAUGGACUUGAUUUACUUAAUACACAUAACAAGUCACUGCUAACGCGCAAAAAUUUUGGUGUAAAAAACUUGCUUCAUACAGUUGAACCAAUCAAAAAUCAAGGUUAUCCACACAGUUAAUUAAAAUGAUGAUUGGUAGUUCUAGUACUGUUUAUUAAUAAUCUGAUUGGUUACUUGUCAAUUAGAUUUGAUACAGUUUAUAAAUCAGUCAUUUUCAUUUUGGAAGACUUAUUCAAACUUUGUUGGUGUGAUUUACCUACACAAUGGGCUCUAUUUUAUCACGAUUCAGUUCACGUAAAGAUGAAAAAUCAGACACAGAUUCACGUUCAGCAACUACUAUACGCAAACGUUUUAGUUGGAGAUCUAAUAAAAAGCCAACUGAUGUCGGUGGUACUUCAGUGAACCGAUCAAGUACUAUGCCUGCAAGAACUAGAUUACAACCAACUGAAGAAACUCCUGAAGACAGAAAACAUGAUGACAUUUUUGAUAGUGAACAAGAUGAAAAGAGUUAUUCAAAAGCUAUUGUCAAACCAAAUCAAAAUGACGAUACUUCACAACAUUCAAGUGGACAACUGGAACAACACAAUGUAGAAUGCGCUAAAAAACCUAUCGUAUGUGAAAUACCUGGGGGAAAAGAUGAGAAACAACCUAUUCAAAUUUCAUCGACUAUUGAACCAGAAAAUAAAGAUAAUAUGGCGAGGACAAUUUCUACGGAAGAAGCUGAACUGUUGAUGGGUCAUGUUUUACCAAAUCAGGAAAAUGUUAGUCCUCAUGAAAAUAUAACUGUAUCAGGAACAAAUAGUUCUCUUACUCAUGAUAAUAUAAAUUUCAAUCAUACUGAAGAUCUAAUAGUUAAUAAACAACAACUACAAGAAACAUUGGACCACUCUAUUAAUGAUUCUUGUCUAACGAUGGACCAACAAGAAAUUAUUAAAGACCAGAAUGGAUUUGUUGACGAUACUCAGCAUCAUUUUGAAGAUAAGACAGAUUUAUUAAAAGAUGAUAUCCACUCUGAAGUAGUUCGAGAAGAGAUAAAAUUGGAGCAAAAUCCACCAUUAUAUCUUUCUCCAGAAGAGAAAGAAGAAUUUGUGCAUCAGGAUAUCCGUAGAGAUAACAGUACUGAACAGUUAAACGCUGAAGAUGAUAUUAUAAAACAGGAAGGUGAAGAAAAUCUGAGUAUUGAAGGUUCUAGUCAUAAUGAAGUUAUGCAGUCUUCACCGGCGGUAUGCUUUUCUCGUUCAAAUGUAGUUGAAUAUACACCUCCUGAGCAGACACACCUUGUUGAUAUAGAUGAACAAACGUAUAAUCAGCAAACAAAUAAUAUUUCAAACAUUCAAUCUUCAGAAACUGUUGCAGAGAAAGAUUUAAUCCAUGAGCAGAUUGUACAGAAUGAGUUAUUGGAAUGUUCAGCUGAACCUCGUCCAUUCCAUAAUCUAUCUAACAAUGAAAAAUUCUUUAAUUCAGAACUUAUUGACACAGAUAACAAGGUGAAUUUCGUUGAAACUGAGAAUACAUUAGAUAACGUAAUUUCAGAACAUGUCGAACAGAAAGAUGCAAUCCAAGAAACAAUGGAAAAAGAGUUCAACGAAAGCUUAAUCAAUUCAGGUGAAACAAAAAUUUUGUCGGCUGAUGAACCACCUAAUAAUUUGAAUGAUAAUACACAUGUUGAACAAACUGAUAAUCUCUCCCACCAUAAAAACACAGAGCAUGAAGCACCGAUUGACGAGGAAGAAACACUCAAUGAACUAGAUAAAUGCUUAUCUCAACCAGGUUUGACACAUGAUCCAAUGCAUAGUAUAUCUCCUAUUACCACGGAACCUAAUAAUUUGAAUGAUAAUAUACAUGUUGAACAAACUGAUAAUCUCUCCCACCAUAAAAACACAGAGCAUGAAGCACCGAUUGACGAGGAAGAAACACUCAAUGAACUAGAUAAAUGCUUAUCUCAACCAGGUUUGACACAUGAUCCAAUGCAUAGUAUAUCUCCUAUUACCACGGAACCUAAUAAUUUGAAUGAUAAUAUACAUGUUGAACAAACUGAUAAUCUCUCCCACCAUAAAAACACAGAGCAUGAAGCACCGAUUGACGAGGAAGAAACACUCAAUGAACUAGAUAAAUGCUUAUCUCAACCAGGUUUGACACAUGAUCCAAUGCAUAGUAUAUCUCCUAUUACCACGGAACCUAAUAAUUUGAAUGAUAAUAUACAUGUUGAACAAACUGAUAAUCUCUCCCACCAUAAAAACACAGAGCAUGAAGCACCGAUUGACGAGGAAGAAACACUCAAUGAACUAGAUAAAUGCUUAUCUCAACCAGGUUUGACACAUGAUCCAAUGCAUAGUAUAUCUCCUAUUACCACGGAACCUAAUAAUUUGAAUGAUAAUAUACAUGUUGAACAAACUGAUAAUCUCUCCCACCAUAAAAACACAGAGCAUGAAGCACCGAUUGACGAGGAAGAAACACUCAAUGAACUAGAUAAAUGCUUAUCUCAACCAGGUUUGACACAUGAUCCAAUGCAUAGUAUAUCUCCUAUUACCACGGAACCUAAUAAUUUGAAUGAUAAUAUACAUGUUGAACAAACUGAUAAUCUCUCCCACCAUAAAAACACAGAGCAUGAAGCACCGAUUGACGAGGAAGAAACACUCAAUGAACUAGAUAAAUGCUUAUCUCAACCAGGUUUGACACAUGAUCCAAUGCAUAGUAUAUCUCCUAUCACCACGGAACCUAUUAAUUUAAAUGAUGAUAUGUAUGUUGAACAAACUGAGAAUCUGUCACACUCUGAAAACAUGGAGUCUAUUAACUUGAAUGAUGAUAUACGUGCAGAACAGACUGAGUACACUUCACCUUCUGAAUACAAUGUAAAUAAUAAUGUGUCUACGGAAAAGUUCAUUGACACUGUAGUGGAAAGCUCAGCUGAACAAGUUAUAGAAUGCGAUUUCUCUUCAAAUGAGUCACGUUUUACAUCAGAACUGGUAUUAAGUGAAGAAAAUAGAGAAGCUACUACAGACGUUGACUUAGAACAUCCUACUGAAGAUAUUAAAACAGAAGAUAUUCAUCAUAAGCAAGCAAAUGACACUGAAACUUUAACUACACUCGAAGAAUCAGUUAACCUGCAAAAUACAAUGAACUCAACUCAUAUUGAUGAUGAAAUUGAUCAGCAUCAAAUACUUGAAUUAUCGUACAAUGAAAAUCAUUCUGAUGUUCCACUUAAUGCAGAUACCAUCGAUGUAAUCACUUCAGAGAAUUUACAUACAAAUUUGAUAAGUACAAAUGAUGUACUAAAACAACAGGAUGUGUUCAAUUCAAUGUCAAUGAAUGAUGAUAACGAUAUCAUUAAGAAUUUAGAAAAUUCUAAAAAUAAUGAAAUUCAUGAAUUUGAAGAUGAAGCCCAAUCUUUAGUUCAAUCUGUUUUAAACAAUGCAAAAGAAUUUGUCUUUAAUGAGAAUAAUUUUGAUAAUCAUUACAACUCUGAUAACAUGAAUACAAAUCUUAACUUGACCAAUAAUAACAAUAAUGAUUAUCUUACUACUAAUAAUAACAGUUUUAUGAAUGAAGAAGAUACUAUUGAAAUGAAACAAGAUAUAACAAUGAAAACAUCAAUGGAAUUUGAUCAUUCUGAUCUAUCUGAAUUAAAUAAUCAACUUUUAAAGAACACAAAUGAUCUUGCCAUAGCAUAAAUACAACAACAACAAAAAUGACACAUCGUUCUUCUUUUUGUUUUUGGUGACAUUAUUUGUACACAUCAAUGAAACCUAUGAUAUGUUCAUUAGUCAAACUCAAUGAAAAUCUAACUGUUCUUGUCAAAUUUAAGUAAGUUUCAUUGUUGUAAUUAACCUGACCAUUAAUAAGACAGAGAUAACUACUACUACUAAUUCUCGGUUAUUGAUUGAUACUAUAUAUAGUUCCGUUUUGCCUAUCAAUGCUUUCUGAUUAGUUUAUGAACAUUAUCUUGAUCAUUGUUAUGCUGUUAUUGACUAUGGUUUACAUUUCAUAUAUAUAUAACAAUAAUCUUAUUCAAUUAUUUCAUCUUUGUAUGUUUCAUUAUGCAUUUUCCUAAUUGAAACGAUUUGUGAGACAGGAGUAAUUUUUAUUUGAAUUCACAAGCAAGACUAUAACCAUAUAUAUAUAUAUAUAUAUAUAUAUAUAUAUAUAUAUAUAUAUAUAUAUAUAUUAUACAACGAAUUGACAUUGCUUUUGUUUGAACCGAGUGUUUUGUAUUAGAACAAAAAGUAUAUCCAUUUUUCUUUUCUUUUUUUUGUGGAGAAAAGAAAAAAAAUUUAAAAAAAUUAAUUGUUCCCAUGAAUAAUCAAUCGAUGUUUGCUUUAUUUUUUACUGCUUUACCAUUCAACGAACUAGUUUGUUGCUAUGGCAUGAAUGAUUGGAAUAUGUUCUCUGUGUUUUUUUUUUAAAUUGUCAUGUUCUUUUAUUGAUUUUAACUUUAAUGCUUACUUACUUAAAUAAUGAGUAGUUUCUUUUUCUCAUUUUUCCCAGUAAUGAAUUCAUUUGUGUAGUAUCAGUUUUGUUGUGCUACAACCCCCCCACACACACACACAGUAUGCUUAUAAUCUUGUCUUAUUUUUUUAUUAAUAAAAAAUCAAAUUACCAUUUUGGUUACUUAAUUGUUAAAUAUUAAUAUUCUUAAUUAUUAUUACGAAGAAGAAAAUAAAACACAAUUACAUUGAUUAUAACAAUAAUUUACUAUUUUUACUCUAUUUGGGUUCCUUUUAUUUUUUUUCAAACUAUGUGCGUUGACAUCAUUGAAUCUAGUGAUUACUCAGAUAGGUCGUCAUCAUCAUCAUCAUGGGUUGCACCUACGUGUGAUUAUCUCUCUCUCUGCGUGUGUGUGUGUGUGUGUGUGCACACUCGAACAUGUAUCAUUCUAAUAGUUAGUAAGUACUGAUAAUGAAAACGAUGAUGAUAAUGAUUAUCACAUUCGAUAGUUUUUUAUAUUUAAGAAGAUAAGACCUUUAAGUGUUUGUUCAACUUGGUGAAGAAUCUGCACAUAUAUUCUAUGUGAUGACUGUAAUGUAUAUAUAUUCAAUUAUAUUUACCAUGGAGCCUAGUACAAUUGUACGUUAGUCAAAGUUGACACACUAAAUUAGCAAUGUAAGAUACAAUUAAUAAAGCAAUAAGCACAGGAGUUGAAAUAAUUGUUUCGAGAACAUAGAAUUAAAUGACAUUUGGAUGAAUACUGUCACUCAAAAUCUAGACGGUAAAAUGUGAAUGCAUUUACCUUAUCCUGACCUAAUUAUGAGCUAUAGCAUGCAGCGUUUCCAAUCGCUAGUCAUAUUAACCACCUAGACUCCAGCCAAGAAGCCCAAAAUAUGUCAACACGACUUAGACUAAUAGUCACUGACUUCAUAGACCAUUCUCAUCUCUUGGUUCGAUUCCCUCCCCAAUUUUCUUCCGGCUUACUCCAACUUAAGUCAUCGUUGCACAUAGAGGUAGAUAGUGGUUAAGGGAGGGAAUAGUCAUCAAUUAGAAAUAUAUUACUCCUUAUCUAUUUAAAAUUCCUGUGUAUAAAUUUCUAG